AUGGUUAAACCUUGUUGGAAAUCAUAUUUCAAAAAUGAGGAUUCUGGUCGUGUUGAUGGUUUGUUGUGGUUCAAGGAUUUGGGACAAUAUAUUUAUGGUGAAUUCCCAAUGGCUAUGAUGCAAGCCAACAGUGUGUUGGAGGAUCAAAGCCAACUGGAAUCAGGGCCAUUGAGUUCAAGAAAUUCUGGUCCUCAUGAAAUGCUUGUUAGAGUAUAUGAUGGACAUGGAGGACCUGAGGCUGCAAGAUUUAUCAAUGACAAUCUCUUCUGCAAUCUUCAGAGUAUGUUGAUCAUAAAGUUUGAAUAG